CAAUCGAUUCGUCAUGGUAGAGAAGAAAAAUAGUGCACGGACCGUACUCGAGCUUUGGAUCAAUGUCCCCAGAAGGAAGGAGUAUACUCACGUGUUUCAAUUAGAACACCCAAAAAACCUAAUUCAACUCUACAUAAGACAGCCAAAGCAUUAAGCAAUUGACAUGAUAUAUUUACUCACAUUCCAGACAAAGGUCAUAAUUUGCAAGAACAUUCUACAAUCUUAAUAAGAGGGGUAGACUGAUUUGGCUUUUUUUUAGUGGAUUCUCUCUUCAUUUUUCACAAUAUAUAUCUGAACGCAUGACAUGUGUUUUCAUUUAUUAGAAAGGGACAUGAUCAUUUUAAAUUUGACUAAUCCUAAUCCAUGUUAAUAAAUAAAGACACAUGUCAUGCAUCCAUAUGUGUACUACGAGAAAUGGAGUGGAAAUCCACCGGAGAGAAGCCAAGUUUGUAAGAUGGAAAACAAAAAAAAAAAAAAAAAAAAGGAAGGCUAGGGACUCCUCUCUUCCACCUUCUUCAUCUUUCUCGCUUUGUAGGCUACAAAAAUUAAGGGCAAUUGGGACUUCCGUUCUUAUUCUUGAAAUUGUUGUAGCGAGAUCAAGUUUGUUUGUUGCCGGAAGAGCCCGAGGCGCACACAAGCAUUUUGCACAGCAUUGAAGACAGAAAAACAUGCAUGCAUGGCUUCUUGUGGGAUGCCGCCGAGCAGCUAUAUGUACAUA